AUGGGAGAUUAAGCAGAGUCAGUCAACCUUUUAGGAAAAGAGUAGAUGUCUAGUUUAAAUUAGUUUACAGUAAAUAUGAAGACAAUAUUCUAUGAAUAUCUUUACACAAUAUUGAGAAAUGAUGAUCAAUCAAUACUAAUAAAUUUUAGUUUAACCUUAAUUCAAUACUUCUAAAUAUACUACUUCGCAUUUCAUCCUGCUGUCAUAAGUAUAUGGAACUAAUCAAAUGCAAGUAAAAUAUCAUCUGCGUUUGGAUUUCCUGGUAUUAUUCAUAUUUAUAGAAGUACUUCAGUUAUGGUUUACUAAGCUUUCUUCUACAUAGCAAUGAUAACUGUGAUUCUAUUCUUCUUUAUCUUUUUAUACUCAUUCAUUACUUUGGCUAGGUAAAGGACAGUAGGAACACUGCUUCUAAAUAUUUAAUAGCUAAUUAUAAAUUGCUUUUUAACUAUUUUGUAUGUCCCUUUCAUGGAUAUAUUUAUCUCUUUUCUAAAUUGUGAAAGUGUGAACGGUGUAUUAUCUCUAAACAUUUACAGUAGCAUAUAAUGUUGGAAUGGUAUGCAUAUCUUCUAUGCAACUGGAUCAAUUAUAGCUUUAGUUAUUUUAGAAAUAUUUUCAUAUGUUUUUAGCAUCCUCUAUUUCGAUGGAAUAUAAAACGAUCAAAAGGUUAAUAGCGUUAAAAAUUCUAGACAUGUUAUUUGUAUUCACAUAGUAUAAUUUAUUCUAGUUUUAACAUAUAAUUUUAUGAAUACACAACAAUAUAAUGGUGUUUUGAAUACAAUAUAUUUUGUUUGUGCACUCCUGGUCUUUUAUAUGAUUCAUAGCAGACUACCUUUCAAUCAUCCUAUAGUUUAGCGCUACUAGUCACUUUUUUGUACUGUAUUUGUAUGGACUGCUAUGAUGAUGGCAUUAGCAUAACUAACUGAAAAAACUGUUUUUUAAGGCUUAAUGUAUGCCUGGGCAAUCGGAUUACCUUUAAUAAUAUUUACUGUGUUUUGGAUUCCACUUGAAAAAAAUCGCAAAGACUUCACAAUGAAUGUUAAUACUAACAAAUUUUCAUCUCCUGAAGAAGUUAUCGAGCAUGCAAAUUAUGUAUAGAAGUUAAUUAGAAAUGAUAUGAAGAAGACAUCUACUUCACACUUGCUUAAUGGUUAUAUAGAGUUUCAUAACAAGACAUGCUUGAAUUCAGCUUGUCCUCUUAAGAAAAUAAAGUUUUCUUAAAACAGCCAAAAAAAAAAUUCAGGAAAAGUGCUGUAAAAUAAAUAAUAAGCUUCUAAUAACAUAUUUAACUAGAAGAAAUAAGACAAGAGAUAUUUAUUUUGUUAUGAAAUGAUAUCAAAGCUCUUUGAAGCAGCUAUAGCCACUUAUCCUUAGGAUGUGUCAUUAAGAAUUUAAUAUUCAAUUUUCCUAAUGAAGGUAAUGAAAAGUAAGUAGCAUGCUAUCAACGAAGUAGUUGAAGCAGAAAAUCUAAAAUGCUCAAUAGACGAUAGAUUUACUCUUUAUUAUAUAAAGAGAAAUAUAGAAAAUGAGAUAAAUGAAAUGAGUAAAGAAACAAAUGGAGAAUAUACUGAAUAGAGAAAUUUAGAAGGUAAGAUUCAGCAUUUUAGAGCUGCCAUGGAGUAGACAGUAACACUUUUAAUGGAGUUUUGGAGCUAAUUUUCAGACGAUAAGCCUGAUCUUAUAAAGCUUUAUGACAUUGGCUCAAAGCUGUUUCCUCUAAAACUUCUAGUUGAUGAGAUGUGGAAAAAAAUAUCAAGGACGAAAGGAGAAUAGAUUCCAAAAUUGCUUAGAAUAUAUUCAAAGUAUCUUUUAGAUAUCUUCAAUGAUAAAAAAUAAGGAAUGGAAUUGCUAGAAAAAGCAGCUAAGCUUGAAAAUUCAUACCACAAUAAAAAAGAUUUAUCAGUUAAUUAUGCCUCAGAUUUGAACAUAGAUGGAUAAGAAGAUGGAAUGAUUUUUAUGACAAUGGAAGAAGAUAAAAUAGGCUAAAUAUUAACAUUGAAUUUGUCUUGUUCAAGCAUGUUUGGGUAUUCAAAGACAGAACUUUUAAACAAAAAUGUUAAUAUACUGAUGCCUUAAAUAUAUUAAAAACAUCACGAAGACAUUCUAAAAAGAUAUGUUGAAACUAACGAAAGCACAUUUAUUAAUAAAGACAAGUAGGUUUAUGGGAAGAAUAAAUCAGGAUACAUUUUUCCUGUUAUAAUUCAUAUCAAGCCUAUUUUUCAUGCUCUUAAAGAUGGCAUGGAGUUUCUUGGUAUAUUUAGAAAAGAAAAAAAUGUCAAAAACUUUGCAUACGCAUUAGCAACUUACGAUAAUUAAAUAAGAGAUAUUUCUUCAUCAUGUCUGAAUAUACUUGGUAUCGAUCAUAAGACUAUCUCAUUGCAAACUGUUAACCUCUAAAACAUAAUCACAGAUAUUCUAAGCGAAAAAGAGCAAUAUAUGUAAAAAGUAGGGAAGCAGAAGGAGUACACAUUUCCAAAAAUAAGCGAAGAUUAAGUCAUAUUCAAUAAAGGGUCGUUAACAGUAAAGCUGAAUGUAUGGCUCUAAGAGGUAUCUUUUAAGGUAAAGUCAAAUGCUGGUUACAUUCUGAAAGUUGAAUCUGUUUAGAAAAAAGCAAAUAAACCUCAAGAAUCAUAACUCAAUUAGUAAUCUAAAAUGAAUAGGACUAAGUAAAAGAAUUUGAAUACAAGUUAGAAUGUAAUAAGAUAGUAAGAUAACUUAUAAAAAGAAGUAUCUUUCUUAUUCAAGCUUGUCAUCGAAGACUACUCCAUUUAAUAUGAAGGAGAAUAUAUAGAAGGUGUAAAAGGUGAUAAUCCUAAUAAUUUAAAUAAUACAGCUCAGUUUAACGACACUGAAUAAGAGUCUAAUCUAAAUUCAAAUAAUCCUUAUUCAAAUAACAGCCAUAUAGUGAUGAAUAAGCAAUCUGCAAUUUUUAGUAGAUAAGAUCAAGAUAAUUAUGACAAAUCUAACAAUUUACUUUAAGAAGCGAUUUCCAACAAAGUAGACUACGGAUUAGGGAUUAAGAUAAUGAGAUUAAAAGGAAAUGUGAUAGUGGAUAUUGAUAGAGAUAUGACUGAUGAAGAAUAAAGCGAAUAGGAAAACAAAUCAGAGAAUGAAGAAAAUGAAAAGUAAGCAAGAAUGAAUAAAAAUAGGGUAGAAGAAUAUGGUCAUGAAUAUGAAGGAGGUUCAAACUAAAUGAAAGAGUUAAAUUAAGAGCUAUAAAAAUAAAGUGAAAGUACUGUUGUUAGCACUUUAAAGAAUUUUUCUGUUUUUGUCAUAUUGACUAUGAUAGCUAUUUCAAUAAUUGACUUUGUUGUUAAGAACUCUUCAAUUAACUCAUAAAGCUCAAACUUUACUCUAAUUAAGUAAACUGCUAACAGAAUAUCCGACUUAAAUUUGAUUAUAUCAGAUAUUUUAGAAUUAACAUACUUACAAGCAGGUGUAAGAGAUCCUCAAUUUAACUCAGUUUCAUAAAAUCCAACUAUUUAAUCUGAUACUGACUUCCUUAAAAAUAGCAUUUAAAAUACAAUUUAAGAGUAUGAAAAUCUAACGAUAUCUAUUUAGAAUAAUGGAAAUACAGACACGUCAAAUACAAAAAUAUAUUUUGAUUAAUCUUUUGUUCCAUCAACAUUUUAAGUUUCAUAAGCUUCUUAGUAGAUGAUUAGUAAAUCUCAUAACAUAGUUCAGUUAGAUAUAAGCUAAAUUCUACAAACUUAAUCUGAUGUAUUUUUUGUUAUUUUUAAUGGUUUAAAUGAUUAUAUUAAUCAGCUAACUUUAAGCUAUUAUGAUAUUGCUUAAAAGCAAUCAUCUGAAAUAAGCAAUAUUUAAAACAAAUCUUUAAUAUACUUAAUUGUAUCUAUCUCUGCAAUGGUUGUCUUUUCUAUUAUAUUGACCAUUUUCCUAGGAAGAACUAUAUUUGCAAAAUAACUUAUACUAAGUGUUUUUCUUGAAAUUCCUGAAAAAACAGCUAAGUAUCUAUACUCAAAGUGUGAAAACUUCCUUGCUUAGCUUGGAUCUGGCGAAGAAGAAGAAGUGCAUUCGGAAGUAGAUUUAUUUAUAGAAGACAAAGAGCUAAACGAUGAAGGAAAAACUACCUUGUUUGGUAAAAGAAAAAAAAAAUUCAAAAAUUCUGAUAAUGGCAGUAUUGGGUUUUUAAUUAAAAUGCUUAUCAUAGCAGUCAUAGUAGAAGUUUACUUUGUGGUUAACUAUAUUUUAGGUGGAAAUUAAAUAGUUGUAAUAAAUGGACUUCUCCUUGAAUAUAAUACAACUUGUUUUGCUUUAGGGUAUUAUUCUCAGGUUUCAAAUUCUGAAAAGCAACUAAUUUAUAAUAGUAACUGGAAUCUUCUUAAUUCUAAUUCAUAACAAACAGUUUCUACUAUGCUCAACAAUUUAUAUACAGUUGACUCAUUAAUACAUGAAGAGCAUGCUUCAAAUACUGAAUAUCAUUAAGUUGAAGGAAGUUAUUUGUCUAUUUUUGAAAGUGUUAUGUUCUAAGAUGCUUGUGUUGUUUUAUUGGCUUAGCAAGCUGUAUCAUAAAGUGUAUGUACCAAUUUUUCAAAUGGUAUUGUUUAGCAGGGAAUGAUUGCAGUAGUGAUCAGAUACUUUUAAUUACUUAGAUAUUAAUAUGAUAAAUAUACAUGGAUUAUUACUAAUCCUAAUCAGGCGUAUCCUUAUAAUUAUACUAGUACAGAUCCUAAUUGGGUAGUUAAAUCUAUAUCUUAAAAUGUAACUCUAAAUAAUUUGUACAAUCUACUUAGAACCCCAGAUACAUAUGAAUUGACUCUCAUAUAAACUUUAUACAUAGAAAAUGCCUUUAAAUAUCUCUAAGAUCAAUUUUUGCAUGAAUUCUCUUUGCUUUUGGAUAAUUAUAAAGUACAAAGAAUACUAUUCUUAGCACUAUUUAUACUUUUGCUUAUUACAGCAUCAAUUACUUGCUGGCUUCCUUUCCUUUCAAAUUUAAACAAAGAGAUAUGGUCAACAAAAUGCCUACUUUCUUUCAUACCUGUCGAUGAAGUAAAUAAAAUUAGAGCCAUUUCUAAUUUUAUUAAGGAUUAUAUUCUUGAAAGAAGAAUUUGA